AUGUUCGGCUCAUUCACUUUCGCAACUGCGUUGCCUCUGCUCGCUGCCUCUUUCGUGAGCGCCGCCCAGUUCAAUGUCACUGUUGGCGGUGGACCUCUUCAGUUCAACCCUUCGUCGGUGAACGCAAAUCCAGGAGACACGAUCUUCUUCACCUUCAAGCAGGCGAACCACACGGUUACGCAGUCUACCCUUGCUAACCCAUAUAUUCGCAGCAUGCCCGUUGCGGCUGACCUCACCGAUGGCCCCUUCCCAGCUGCGCAGUUCACCGUGCAGAAUACUAGUCCAGUGUGGGCGUUCUGCCAGCAGACUGGUCACUGUGCGAAGGGCAUGGUGUUCGCCGUCAACCCCGGCGACAAGAUGGCCGCCUUCCAGGCUGCAGCUAUGGCCACCAACGGCUCUACGUCUGGGAGCACGGCAACCGCUGCCACUGGCAUGACCAUCACAUCCGCCUCUGGUUCUGGUGCAACCGCCACUGCUAGCGCCAGCUCCCCCACGUCUUCGAGUACUGGCAUGACUCAGGAUCACCAGGUCCAGGUCGGCGCCGGUGGUCUCACCUACACGCCCUCCAACAUCACCGCUCAGCCUGGCGACACCAUCACGUUCAAGUUCAUGGCAAAGAACCACACGGCUACGCAGUCGACGUUCGCUGAUCCCUGCAAGAAGCUCGACAACACGACCACUAACCAGCUUGGCUUCGAUUCUGGAUUCAUGCCCGUGGCCAACGGAACGACCACCUUCCCUACCUACACUGUCCAGGUCAACGACACCAAACCCAUUUGGGUAUACUGCCGUCAGACUGGUCACUGCGGCAUGGGCAUGGUGUUCUCCGUCAACGCCGUCGAGUCCAGCGCCAACAACUUCGAGGCCUUCCAGGCGCUCGCGAUGCAGCUUAACGGCACUGGCUCGUCCACUACAGGAGGUGCUUCAGGCGCUGGAGGCGCCGCGACUGGUACCACCGGUGGCGCAUCACCGACUUCGACAACAAACAGCGCCGGCAGCUUCAAGGCUAACGGCCGCGCUGGCUUCAUGCUCGCCCUGGUCGGCGUUGCAGUCGGACUCGUUCUCUGA